GAUGUAAAAUUUCUUCACUGUGCGAGUUUGUCACCACCUGUUGCGACGCUUGCAUAAGUUACCACCUCAUCAGUGUAGGCGUAUAAACGUCUGUUUCAUUCAUUCAUAACAUCAUCGGGAGGCGGGGAUUCUGGCCAGAGCGUGACACGUGACCAGCACUACGCCUGCAGACGACGUAUAUAUACAAAAGCAGGAAGACAGUGUGGUUUCUGUGAUAGACGAAAUUAAAGUGCGAAAAUACAACUUUUUGUAAUAUUCUCUCCAGAGAGAUUGACUUCCGGGCAAAUUCUGAUCGAAAAUAUAAAACAUUUAACCUUUUUUCUGAAUAUCUUGAAAUUCCCGUAACUUUCUUGGAGCGGCUUCCCAUCUGUCUGAAAUUCUUGACGACACCAGACGACAUUUGAGGAAAACGUACAGAAGACGAAAAAGUGAAAUAUUCGAAACGAAAUAAAUGUCCGACGCAGCGAGGCUACAGAAUUUAAAGAAGGCUUUCAGUAUGUCGUUUGAUAUGGGAUUGUUGGUGGAUAAUGCGGAGGUGACCGAGGAACGCAGCCGAAUGACCGCCAAGCUGCUGCGCGGGAAGAUGCUGGCGAUGCAGAACCCCACUCCGCUCGCGUCCCCGGAACCAACCGAGAAAGAAGUGGACGAAAAAGAAAACAAGUACGAACCGGACUGGUCUUCUUUUGAGGACCAAUAUGCCAAAGAUCUAUUGCCCUCGCCUGGUGGCAUGGAAAAGACAUCCAAGUUCCUGGGUGAAGUCGUUGACAUCCUCCUUGAUUACGUGAAGAAGUCGAACGAUCGUUCCGUCAAAGUUCUAGAUUUCAACCAUCCCAACGUUCUGCAGGAAACACUCGGACAUUGUCUCGAGAUCCCGGCAACUCCACGAGACUUGGAACAGAUUCUCAGCGACUGCAAAGAAACGCUUAAAUUUGGCGUUAAAACCGCUCAUCCACGGUUCUUCAACCAACUCUCCAGCGGGCUGGACAUGAUCGCCCUCGCCGGGGAAUGGCUUUGCGCCACAGCAAACGCGAACAUGUUUACCUAUGAGAUUGCCCCUGUCUUCACCCUGAUGGAGGAGGUCACCCUUCAAAAGAUGAGGGAGUACGUGGGCUGGCUCGAUGGCGAUGGUAUAUUUGCCCCAGGAGGCGCCAUCUCCAACCUGUACGCCAUAAACGCGGCCCGCCACAAGUUCUUCCCGGAUUGUAAACAUAAGGGAAUGGCCUCAAUACCUCACCUCGUCGUCUACACUGGAGAACAGAGUCACUACUCCAUAAAGCAGGCCGGAGCUCUUCUUGGUCUCGGAGCUGAAAACGUGGUUGCCAUCAAGUGCGAUGAACGCGGAAAGAUGAUGGUAGACGAAUUGGAAAAACAUAUCAUUGAAGACCAACGCCAGGGCAAGAGGCCUUACAUGGUGAGCGCCACCGCGGGCACGACAGUCAUGGGCGCCUUCGACAGACUGCACGCCAUCGCCGACCUCUGCGAAAAGUAUAAACUUUGGAUGCAUGUGGAUGCGGCCUGGGGUGGCGGCGCACUACUUUCGCGGAAACGAAGACACCUUCUUGAUGGUGUGCACAGAGCCGACUCGGUGACAUGGAACCCCCACAAGAUGAUGGGAACCAUUUUGCAGUGUUCCGCGGUCUUACUCAAGGAGAAGGACCUCCUCGCCGCGUGCAACUCGAUGCACGCCGACUACUUGUUCCAGCAGGAUAAGCACUACGACACGAGCUACGAUACUGGCGAUAAGGCCAUCCAAUGCGGACGCCGGAACGAUGUCUUCAAGCUGUGGCUCAUGUGGAGAGCAAAGGGUGAUAUGGGCUUCGAAGCACAGAUAGAAAAGGUUUUCCGCAUGUCAGAACACUUACAAGACCAGAUCCGUGCCCGGGAAGGCUUCGAAUUCGUCAUGGACAAACCAGAGUACACAAACGUGUGUUUUUUCUAUGUACCCACAUUUCUUCGGUCGCAUGAGAGAGGAUUCAGCUUCGACGUCAAGUUAAACCAGGUGGCGCCAAAGGUCAAGGCCAUGAUGAUGGAGAAGGGAACGACCAUGGUGGGCUAUCAACCUCUCGGGAAGAUCCCAAACUUCUUCAGAAUGGUCAUCUCGAACCCCGCCGCAGAGAGCGGCGACGUCGAUUUCCUGCUUGACGAGAUCCAGCGGCUUGGAGAGGAGAUAGAACCAGGUGACAUACAGUCCCCACACAAGUAAACAGAGCAAAUUAGUCUUUGAGUGAUUUGGAAAACUGAUGCCCUGGCCUUCUUUUUAUCAGCAUUGAACCUACCACUUGCUGUAAUACGAAAGCUAAACGCUGAUCCAAAGUUUUUAAAGACGUUUCAAUGACCUUGGUCUGAAAGGAAGGUCGGGUCAACAUUUUCCAUUGAUUCGGGUCAAGGUCGGGUUGAUAGAUGAGAUCUUGCCUGUUAAGGACACUAGGGACGAGUGUUUCCUCUUCAAUAUACCAUGUACAAUCCUCGUGCCUAAGCAAAGUGAGCAUUCCAGUGAAAGGUUGGUUGGUUAGUUACAGAAUGCAUUAGUUAUGCACGUCAAUCACUUUGGGCUGUAUGCAUAUUCAAAUUAGAUAGUAUUACACGUGAACGUGACAUAGAUUAUGCAAAUGUUGAUUAUUACGUCGUUGAUAUGUAAAUGAGACUUCGUUUAAUUUGGUGGAAGCUAAUUAAACAUGCCGUUAGAUUGUGAUGCAUUGUGUGUACAUACUGUGUGUGUAACAUAUAUGUGAUCUUAUGUAGGCUAAUGAUGUGAGCAGAUGAAAUGUAUAAACGUAGAAAUAGUUUUACCGAUCUAUGACCGCUUGAUCAAUUACAACUAAAUGGAAGGCCAAUGCGGACAGGGCCUCUUGACCAUCGGACAACUUGGUGUCCCCAACCAAUUGUCUAUCAGAAUUGAACUUGUUAAAUGACAUCAAACGACCAUGUGCAUAACAUUCAGCGUGAAAUUUAAUAUUCAGAACUGAUCUUAUAUCGAUGAAACAAGAGUAGUUUAAAAAAUAAUUAGAAAAGAUGUGAUGAAGAAGUGUACAUAAUAUAAAAUGUGAAAAGAUGCGACAUGAUAUAUUUGGGCAGGCGAUCGUGAAGAAUAAUACUCCAGAGAGAGCUGAUCUCAGAGAAAUGUAGUGCAAUAGAAAGACGUGCAAUAGAAAUACUAUAAACAGAUGUAAUAUACACGUGAAGUACAUGUAAACAAAUGUUAUAUAAAUGUGAACAGAUGUAAAAUAAUGUGAAUAAAUAUACAAUAGAUUUGUGUUGAAUAGAAAAGGCUGUGAACAAAUGUAAAAUAAUGUGAAUAUAUAUAUAUACAAUAGAUGUGUGUGCAUUAGAAAAUGCCGUGAACAGUAUGUAAAAUUAUGUGAAUGUAUACAAUAGAUUUGUGUGCAUUAGAAAAUGCUGUGAACAGUAUGUAAAAUAAUGUGAAUAUAUACAAUAGAUUUGUGUGCAUUAGAAAAUGCGGUGAGGAGGAAGUUGUAAAAUAAUGUGAACAGAUAAUAAAUGUGAACAAAUGUAAUAAAGUGAGGCGAUGUGCAUGUCGUGUACAUGUGCAUGUAAACAGCCCGGUAAACAGGUCCACGCACGCAUACAUGUACACGUGCAUGUAAACAGCCCGGUAAACAGGUCCACACACACAUACAUGUACACGUGCAUGUAAAAAGCCCGGUAAACAGGUCCACACACACAUACACGCACACGUGCAUGUAAACAGCCCGGUAAACAGGUCCACACACACAUACAUGUACACGCACGCAUGUAAAAGGAGUGUAUGUGAGGAUUAUCAAUAUCGUAGCAGAGCUCACAAUAAAAAGUUUGAGAAUGGAGCUGCUGAAUAACAGGAGUUAAAAAACAGCUCAGUAGGCCAGCUAAACCGACUUGGGGCAUCAAUAUAAUACACCGAAAAAUUGACUACUUAGGCUAGCAUAAAUUUAGUCCCUGGCAGAGUAACCAUGACUCUCUUUGCUCGUAUUGCUCGGGGGUGUCCAUCUAGAGGCUGUCAUUGUGCAAUAUUGCAAUAAAAGUAACCCCCCCCCCUUUGGAAUUAGUGAUACCCCAUCGUUCAAUGGUAGUUCAGGGAUUUAUGACUGGAAAGACCGAGGCCAAUGAUUAUGAAUGUACAAAUGAAUCAGUCGUUGUUCCCGACACCU